ACAGCUUUCCACCAUCCAUUAUUUUCCUAAAAAAUAAUACACCAAGUGGGUUGGGAUGAGAGAUUCUUGAUUUCUAUAUAAUCCACAACACAGCCUUCAUCAAAAACCUCUUUCCCCUUCACUCAUCUUCUCUUCCCUUAUCUUCUUCUUCACAAUAAUCUUUAUUUAUCUCUUCCUCUCUGUUUCAUCUUCUCUUCAAUAAGCCUAAAAACCAAACCCUCCUCUGUUUCUUUGUUUCUUCUCCUCUUGUUCUGUUAUCAUCAUCAUAACACACAAAAACAUAUAAUUCAGACCACCGUAAAAACAGAGUCUUUUGAUGAUCGGAAACUGAUGACUCCCGUUCUCUGCGAAAUCUUGCUCUCUGGGCUCACGGUUAAAUCUGCUCUCCGCCGUAGAACCCAUCUCGUUCAAUCUUUCUCCGUCGUCUUCCUCUACUGGUUCUACAACGUUUCAUGAAUUGUUACAAACUCCUAAUCUGAAUCAAUCCCUUAAAAAAAAACUAUUCAAUUAAUUUUCAGACAAAACCUUAUAAGAUAAAACAUAAAAAAAAUCUGUCCUUUUUUUAAUUUUUCGUUUCUUUGUAAUUGUUUGAAUCAAUGGCGUCAUCAAGCAGUACUUACCGGAGCUCUAGCUCUUCCGACGGCGGUAAUAACAACCCGUCAUCAGACUCCGUCGUCACCGUCGACGAGAGAAAACGUAAAAGAAUGCUCUCGAACCGUGAAUCUGCUCGUAGAUCGAGGAUGCGUAAACAAAAACACGUUGAUGAUCUAACGGCUCAGAUCAAUCAGCUUUCGAACGACAACCGUCAGAUCUUGAACAGCCUCACCGUGACAUCUCAGCUUUACAUGAAGAUCCAAGCCGAGAACUCUGUUCUCACCGCUCAGAUGACGGAGCUUAGCACCAGACUCGAGUCGUUGAACGAGAUCGUCGAUCUUGUUCAAUCCAACGGUGCAGGAUUUGGUGGUGGUGACCAGAUCGACGGCUGUGGUUUCGAUGAUCGUACGGUUGGGAUUGACGGAUAUUACGAUGAUAUGAUGAGUGGUGUUAAUCAUUGGGGUGGUUCGGUUUACUCUAACCAUCCCAUUAUGGCUAAUGAUAUCAAUAUGUAUUGAUUACCAAACAAAUUAAUUAAAUAAUUAGUAUUAUCAUUAUCAUUAUUAUUGCCCCUCCCCUUUUUUGUUUUUUAUUUUUGAAGUUUAGCUUUUUUGGUGUUUUUGGGUUGGUGUGAUGAUGUAAUUAUACUACAUGCAUCUUUGAUUGGUUGGAAGGGAUAAAUAUAAACUUUUAUAUAUAUUCGGGGCAUAUAUAUAAUUGAGUUGUACUUUGUCAUGUAUUGGUGUGUGUUUUGUUAUAAUUAUAUAAUUUGAUUAUGUUUAUGUUAUCA